CCUAGAAUUUUAAUGGUGUCAAGAGGUGAUUUUUUGUUUACAUUUUUCAAAAAUUGCUGGGUAUUUUGUUCAACAUCAUGCAUAUAAAUUCAAAAGUCAACGAAAGAGAAUAAAAAAAAAAUGUGUUUAAUGUAAACUUUGGUUUCGAUCGUGGUAUGUAAGAAUGCCACAUUCUGACGAUGAUACAGAACCAUCUUUAUAAGAUUUUGUAACAAUACAAUGUAGGGUAUACAUUUUCAGUUGAAUCCAUGCCUACUGCUUACAGCAGAGAUCGAAUGUCGAAAAUCAGUUCGAAUUUGAAAUUUCGAGAGGUUGCACCUUCCGACGAAUCAUGCGCAUACAUCAUAAUCACGUUGAUCAAAAUAGUCUUCCUUCUAUUUAUAGUUUACUUUAUUUUGUUGAUACCAACAGGAUCGGCAUGGAAAUUGAAGAAACUCAGCCACGCUCGUUUUAAAGUGAGGAAUAGCCGAUAUUACACUAAAGAGUUUCUUUGUACCCUAUGUGAUGCGUGUGAUGUGGUCUCCAAAUUAGCCCAAGACUUUUUUAGCUUCGCUGAGAAAAGUACAGUUAUUAUGGCGGAUUUUAUGUACACUGCUAAAUUAAAGUUUUAUUCAUUCUUAGCCCAAGUGGACCAUAGAGAUCUAUGCAUGCAAAGUCGAUGUUGCGAUUUUCAUGAUCCGGAAAGAUUUGCUCAAAAACCAGAAACCUGUAAUAAAUGCAAGAAGAAAAUUCCACAAAAAUAAAAGACCUAACAUACGAAUCUCGAAUGUUCGGACAACAAUCUGAAAUGUUAAAAGUGUGAAGUUUUUAUGCAUGUCUCUUGUAAAACAAUACAUAUUUUUAUAAUCA